CAAAAUCUUCUGGGAUAGCAAAAGAACUAAUAGUUGGAUUAAUGAAGCAGAACCAGAAUGAUUUAUAGAAAUUGACAAGAUCAAUCAAACGAAACAGUGUCAAAUUAAUUAUUGAGCGCAAGAAAGAAAAAAUUGAAAAUUGUGUGGCAUUUAUAAUAAACAACCAUGCUACAAGCAAACCGGCAUCUAGAACGAAGAAAAUGAAAAGAAAUAUCCAGGAUUUUAGUCAAUUAUGGACCGAAUUUUUAAUUCAAACCGUACACAAAAUACAACAUAAAUUGUUCGCCUUCAACUACUCAUUGGUGAUAUUCACGUAUCUAUUAUUUGUUCAUCAGUAUGCUGCUGCAUUCGAGCCAGAUUUUGUGUUUCCUCUGGAAAACAUAACAAUCUCGCAAGGGCGUGACGCAACAUUCACAUGUGUGGUAAACAAUUUAGGGGGUUAUCGGGUGAGUGGUGAUUCGGCUCAAGCCAGGGUAGCGUGGAUCAAGGCUGAUGCGAAAGCCAUUUUAGCAAUUCAUGAGCAUGUCAUUACUAACAACGGUCGGUUGUCGGUUACGCACAACGAUUACAACACAUGGACCUUGGUUAUCAAAAAUGUCAAGAUGGAAGAUCGAGGGCAGUACAUGUGUCAGGUAAAUACCGAUCCCAUGAAAAUGCAAACAGCAUUUUUAGAGGUUGUUAUUCCGCCUGACAUCAUCUAUGAAGAGACAUCGGGCGACAUGAUGGUCCCGGAAGGCGGUACGGCGAAGUUGGUGUGCAAGGCGCGCGGAUUCCCGAAGCCCAAAGUUGUGUGGAAACGACAAGAUGGUCGAGAAAUUAUCGCAAGGAAUGGUCAGCAUGGCAAAAGCAAGGUUUUGACUGUUGAGGGUGAAAUGUUGACUUUGUCGAAAGUUACGAGGUCAGAAAUGGGAGGAUAUUUGUGCAUCGCAAGUAAUGGCGUUCCUCCGAGUGUCAGCAAAGCAAUUAAAUUACAGGUUCAUUUUCAUCCGUUGAUUCAAGUGCCGAAUCAGCUUGUAGGCGCCCCGCUGAAUACCGAUGUAACGCUAGUUUGUAACGUAGAAGCUUCGCCGAAAGCAAUUAAUUAUUGGACACGAGAAAACGGUGAAAUGAUAAUAACGAAUGAUCGAUAUUUAAUGAAAGAGACCGAUAAUAACUCGAUGUACGCUGUGCAGAUGACUCUCAUCAUACGGAGCUUACAGAAAACUGACAUGGGCGGAUAUAAAUGUAUUUCGAAAAAUAGUAUCGGGGAUGCCGAAGGAACAAUUCGCUUGUAUGAAAUGGAAUUACAAAAGAAAACAAAAUUGCUCAACAAACACAAUUCUAUUCACGAGGAAAAUAUGAGUAACGAGGAAAACGAAUCCGUGAACAAAGGCGAUGAAAAUAGCGAAACAUUCUAUCAUAAGAACGGUAACCGAAUAAUUAAAGGACUUCAAACAAGUAAUGCUGACAACAAUGCCGCACAAACAUUAAAAAUUACAAUAUUAACUCUUAUACUUAGUAUGCUAGUUGUUCCCUGUUAAAUCGUCAUUUAAUUAUUUUUUGUUAAUUUUUUUUAUUUAAAUAUCUAAAAAAAUGCAAAAUAUUACAAUCAUAUAGAUACGAUAAAAUAAUAUUAAAUACAUGAAAAAAAAAGUUGU